GGGGUGCGCAACGCGCUCACAGUGCCUUUCCAAGGCAGAGUAUCAACCCCUCCAUAAUUUCAUUUGCCGCCAUCAAUCAAAACCCCGCGCGCUCUUUUUCUCUCACUCUUUUCAUUAUAGUAUUUGUACCCACGACCAAGAGUUUAAAAUACAGAAUCAUUUCCUUUAGCGCUUAAUCAGAUUUCUCAGCAAUCAAGUGUUCAUCCAUCCUCACUAGACUCGCUACUAAUUUAGUAGUUUGAUACGAUAUGGAUACUUCAAGCCCUGCAGCUCUUGUCAAUGGAGGAUUGCUACGCAUGCACGUGGGACGCAAGGUGCGGGCUGUGAUUCAGGUUGUACGUUCUGAUGUUGGAUCUGUGGUGGGAAAGUCUACAGAUGAUUGCCAACUUGUUGUAAAAGGCUCCCCACCUGUUUCUCUUACAAGUUAUGUCGAGGUUAUUGGGGUUGCUGAGAAUGAUAAUUCUAUCCAGGCUGAAAUAUGGACCAACUUUGGUGAUUCAUUUGACACAUCCAACUAUGAUCAGCUCUGUCAGCUUGCAAAUGGAGAGUUCAAACACCUAUUCCUCUGAGGUGUUUUAAGAUUAUUUCUUUGCAAAAACUUUUAGUUGCAAUGUAUUUUGCAUUCUAUGCCCAUAUAAAUAGGUGGAAGUUCUGUGAAAGAACUUGCUCAUGAGCCUGGAAAGUCUCUUUGUACUAUUUGUCUUUGGGAUAGCUGUUUUUACUGUUACAUGCUCAUCCAUUAUGAAAAUGCCCUCUCUGUCAUUAUAACCUCUAUGAUAGAAUCUCUAGCUGCCUAAAACAUAUGGCCAUUACAAAUUUGUGAGUGGCUCAAGAAUUAUCGUGGUUUUCGUUA